AUGCUCUAUCUCAUCGGCCUGGGUCUCUCUGACGAGACCGAUAUCACAGUCAAGGGUCUUGAGGUCGUCAAGAAGGCGUCUCGAGUGUACCUCGAAGCAUACACAAGCAUCCUACUUGUUGACCAGAAAGUUUUGGAAUCCUACUAUGGCCGCUCUAUAGAAGUUGCGGACCGCGAGAUGGUCGAGUCCAACAGCGACGAAAUCCUACGGAAUGCCGCGACAGAAGAUGUAGCGUUUCUUGUUGUCGGGGAUCCAUUCGGUGCAACGACACAUACCGACCUGGUUAUCCGCGCACGUCAGCUCCAGAUUCCAAUCCGCACAAUCCCCAACGCCUCCAUCAUGUCUGCCAUCGGCGCCUGUGGCCUACAACUGUACAACUUUGGACAGACGGUUAGCAUGGUUUUCUUCACCGAUAACUGGCGACCAUCCAGUUUCUACGACCGCGUGGCCGAGAAUCGUGCUCUGGGCCUACACACGCUGGUUUUGCUGGAUAUCAAGGUCAAGGAGCCCAACUUUGAGAGUUUGGCCAGGGGGAAGUUGGUGUACGAGCCUCCGAGGUUUAUGACUGUGGGAACAUGCGCGAGACAAAUGCUCGAGGUUGAAGAGGAGAGGGUCAAGGAUGGAGCCAAGGGCGGCGUCUGUGGAGGCGAGGCUUUAGCCAUUGGCGCUGCGAGGGUCGGCGGCAAGACAGAAAAGUUUGUUGCGGGCACGCUUAGGGAACUUGCCGACGGCGCCGAUGAACUGCUUGGUGCACCAUUGCACAGCCUUGUGCUAUUGGGGAAGAAAACACAUGAACUCGAGCACGACUUUGUGCGAGAGUUUGCGCUGAACCAGGAUAACUGGGAUCGCAUUUGGAAAGCAGAAUAUCAAAUCCAACCGUGA